UCAAUCCCCCAAUUUCUUCACUCUCUUCUCAUCUGGUUUCAAUUUUCUCGUUCGAGAUUUCUCAGAAAUCCAAAGCGAUGGCGUCGCGCUACGAGGUGGAGGUGACCAUCGGGUCGGCGCGCGACCUCAAGAACGUGAACUGGCGGCACGGCGAUCUCCAGCCCUACGCCGUCGUCUGGAUCGACCCCGCCUCCAAGUGCUCCACCAAAGUCGCCGUCGACGGCGACGUCAACCCUGAAUGGGACGAGAAGGUUGUCCUCUCCUUACCCCCCGGCCAAACCCUGGACGAUGCCGUCCUCUUUAUCGACAUCGUCCACGCCGGCGCCGCAGAAGACGUCAAACCCCUCGUCGGCUCCGCCCGUCUCCCCCUCCGCGAGGUCAUCGACGACGCCGGCAUCGGCGGCAAGGCAUCUCGCGCCCUCAAGCUCAAGCGCCCCUCCGGCCGCCCCCAUGGCAAGCUUGACGUCAGGGUUGCCAUCAAGGAGCCCUCCCGCUACUACGACCCCUACGCCCCGCCCUACGGCCAGCGCUCCGUCUCCCGGGACUACCAGUACGGCUACGGCCAGCCGUACGCGGCGGCGCCACCUCCGGCGGGGUACCCUUACUCCACCCCAGCGCCGCCACCGGCGGGAACCGGGUACCCGUACGGGGCACCGGCGCCGGCUUACGGAGCUCCGCCGGUGUAUGCAUCGGGAUCGUACGGGGCGGCGGGAUCAUACGGGGCGCCGCCGGUGGCGCCGGUGGAGGAGAAGAAAAAGUCAAAGUUUGGGAUGGGAACGGGGCUGGCGGUCGGGGCGGCGGCUGGUGUUCUUGGGGGUUUGGCGUUGGCGGAGGGAAUAGAUUACGUCGAGGAUAAGAUCGCCGACGACGCGGCGGAGAAGGUGGAGGACGAUCUCGGGUACGAUGAUGGCGGCUACGACGGUGAUGACUUCUGAGCUCUCAGAUCUAAAAGCAACGGAAGUUUCUGUUCUAAUUAAUAAUUUCAUCUAUCUGAACGUUAUACUUUUUGUUACAUCUAAGUGUUGGAUGUUUUGGUAUUAAUGGUUUUACUUUUAUCUCAGCGUGGGUUUAAUUCAUGAGAUCUUAUCAUGUUUUCUCUUUUGGGGAUUUUGAAGAAGAACGGAAUGUAGAUCCUUUUGCUUAUGUGCGAAGGGGAGGAUAAGCAUAUGCUUUGGAAUUGUGCUUUGGAUGCUUAUAUUGCAUCAUAUGUCAAGGAAUUUGUUUGUACACUUGUC